GAAAUUGAAUGUUGCAGAUGGCGUUUAACAGCUGACGAGAAGAAGAAAGUUGAUUCUCAUGUUAUUAUGAGAAUGAUUGACUGAUUGUUCACAGUUAUGUUUUUUUAGAUUAAUUAAAUUGUUCAACACUUUUUCUGGUCCUACUUUCUCUUCACCUUUUAUCAUUCUUCUUCUUCCUCCUUUUACCACCUUCAUCUAUUCCUUUAACCCUUCUGUUCUUCUUUUAUCUUCUGGUUUUUUCCUUUUUGUGAUUCUUUCUUUUUUUUCUCUCUUCUUCACCAUCACCAGUUACUGUUUUUCCUUUACCAUUUUUUCCCUUUCUAUGUAACUCUCUAUCUUAUUUUUUUAGUGACAAAACAAAACCUCUUUCUUUGCUUUUUGCCUAAGAUGAGGAUAUUUUUCUUGCCUCUUUUUCAGUUUAAAUUUUAAAAUCAAAAAUUAACCACACUUGUCCAUCGUCAUCUUGAUAACAUCACCAUUCACUAUCAACCAAAACAUAACACCACACUUGAACAUCUCUAUUGGUACAACCGCUACAACACCUCAAAAAAAUAUCCUUUUGAUUGCUUAUUAUCAUCAUUAAACAACUGCAACAAUCACAAAAACCAAUCACAAUUUCACACUACUUUGAUUAUAAAUCCAUCUCUUAAACCUUUUUUCUUUCAACAAUUUCUAUGUCUCAUUUGCAUUACUGUUUUAUUCCAUUAUGUCUUUGCCUUCAUCUUAUUCUCUUUCCAAUGAAAAAGUGAAACAAAAGAUAGCACAUCUAAUCAAUGAGAUAAACCAAUUCAAUGACAUCGAGAAGCUGUUGCUCUAUAUUCAACUACCCAGUGGUUCGCCAUCAAAUGAUCCUCUUAAACAUAAAGGACCUGGAAACCCUUUUGGUAAAAAGGCAGACGUUGAGGUUGCCCAAACUUAUACAUGGAUACAGAGUCACCUAGAAGAGGAUUCAACCGUUUCCUUACCAAAACACGAAGUUUACGAUGAAUAUCGUUGCUUUUGUCAGUCAAAUAGCUUUGAACCACUAUGUGUAGCUGAUUUUGGUAAAGCAAUGAAACAUGUCUUCCCUCGAGUAAAACCUCGACGAUUGGGCCAACGAGGUAACUCAAAAUAUUGUUAUAGUGGCUUAAGAAAGAGAUUAACUCUCCCUGCACCGUGUUUACCUGAUCUCUCAAACACAAGUACCUCAUUGAAUAAUAAUGUUAAUAAUAGUAACGAUGAUAAUAAUAAUGGUAAAGUUAAUGGUGAUGAUAUGCGGAUUAACAAAGCAAAUUCAAUGGAAGAAGAUUCAUCGUCUGAUCCAUCGUCAACUGAAGAAGCCUUAGGAGUUGAUGGCAGUGUCCGUGUUAAUAAUGAUGCUAAUUUUUCUACUAUCAAUGAUUCUACUACCAAUAUCUAUGGUAAACACACAAUUUCACCUGAUAUCGUUCAAAAUGCGGCCACACGGUUGAUAUUAGAUUGGGCAGAAGGAAUUCUUGAGCAAAGUUUCACCAAUCUGCAAGAAUUAGGAAAAUAUCUCAUCAAUUACGAUCUGGUUGACAAGAAUUCAGUUGCAGCUAUUGCUUUGGUUUCAUCUUCAGCAACUCAUCCAUCAGCUACAAGCGAAUUAUCUUCAUCGUUAUCCAGUGAAGAGGUUAAAUCAAAUAAUUUUAAUAAUAGUAAUUUAAAUAAUAAUAAUAUAAAUAAUCCUAGGAACUCGUUAAACUCAUCCAAGAGUAAACGAGAUGGGACACAGUCAAGUGUUCAAAAGAAAUCCCAUAUCAAAGAAAUUCCAGGAAAUAGCAGGAGAAAAGGAGUUGACCGAAACUCUAAAUCUAUCUCUAAUAAUAGUACAUACAAUAAUGUUAAAAAUAUUCAUAAUAGUAAUAGUAAUAAUUCAAAUUCAAAUAAUUCUGGUUUUGCCAUUUCAACAUCAUCCUCGUCCACAAGUCAACAGCAAGAAACAACAACAACAACACCAACAGUUACCUUAACUCGAGUAAAUCGGCGAAGUAGACGGCUAUCAGUUAAUGGAAAUGGACGAUCAAUGGAUAUUAAUGGUGAUUGUGCUUUAGGUGUUAACGGUGAUAAUAAUUUAAAAUCAACUGGCCACUUGAAUAUUAAUGUGAAAAAGGAAGUCACUCAAGUUGAUGAUUGUUCCAAUAUUGAUACCUACAGUAACAAUGAUGAAAACAAAACGGGUUUGCCUAUGCUAAAAAAUUCAACAUCUCAAAACAAGAUACCUAGAAGUGGUACUUCACAUCAUAUAAUUGUUUUACCUAAUAAUGUACAAUUAACAGCGGCAACUCGAUCGAUUUCUCGAAUUUUAACUGGUGAUAAAAGUGGAUCUCAGUCUGUUCCUGUUUCUUGUUUGUCAUCAUCUUCCACCCCAUCUACUACCACUUCUUUCGUUUCCACUUCAUCUUCUUCUUCUUCUUUAACUACUACAUCAUCAUCUUCAUCAUCCUGUUCAACAAUUAAGUCAACAUCAUUAACAUCACCUCCAUCGUUAUCCACAGUAACCCAAAAGUACAAAAGGAUCCAACCUAAACCUGUUUCCCUGAGUCGAAGUAACUCCAAUGUCCUUGAAUCAACCUUCAAUUACUCAACAAUCAACGAGCAUACAACUUUAUCAUCAUCUACUACUAACAUGAACAACGUUAUCAACUCAAGUCAAGGAAGAAAUAACAAUUUAAAUUCUAAUAAUAAUUCAAAUAAUAAUAAUAUUAAUGAUAAUAAUACUAAUAAUUUAAAAUCAAAUGAAAAUGAAACCUUAUUGAUUACAAGAAGGCAUUCCUUGGCAUCUGUACCCAUCAAUGGUAAUGAACUUAGGUCAAGUGAACUGUUAAUGGGAAACAAUGGUCUCACUAUUGGUUCAUUGAGAAGGGAUAAAGGUAACACUGGGAGAGGAUCAGGAAGAGGUGGAUCAAUUAAAGAGGAAAGAUGCCUUGACAAGACUCAGAUAAAGCGCCACUGUGAUGUAAGCCGAGACUCUGAUAAUGUAUCCUGUAAGAAACGUUUCACCUCGGUUGAAGGUUGCGAGUCAACCUCACCAUUAUCAUCAUCAACAUUAACCCUGUUAACUGGAUCCAAAUCGACACUUUCAAAUGUUAAAUCAACUAACAAUGAAACUGGAAUCAUUUUAACCCUUGCUAAUGGCCAUUCAUCUGAAGAAACCAACUCAUCUUCAACUAGUCUAUCACCUUUACCAACAACUCUUGGUAUCAAUACCCUUGCUUCAGAUGAUAUUUUACUGACUACUGGAUUAUCAGUUAAUAAUGGAUUAAAUGAAGAUGCUAAUCAAUCCGUUAAACAACAGGCAAAAUUAAAGUUAAACCAUAAUAAUGAUAAUAUUAAUAGUAAUAGUAAUGCUAAUAAUAAUGAUAAUAAUGAUAAUAAUAUUAAUAAUAACAAUAAUGAUAUUAAUAGUAAUAGUAAUAAUAAUGAUAAAAGUAAAAAUAAAUCGUCAACAUCGUCUGAAAUGUGCAUUAAAUUGCAAGAGCUUGAAUGUGAUGCCUUAAAUGAUGAUCUGAAUGAACAACAUGGUGCCUCAUCAUCUUCCUUGAUGGAUUCCUAUGAACAUUGUGAUCCAUCCACUUUAUCUCAAUUGAGAAGAUUGUUGGAGAAAAAUUUACCCAAUUCAAAGAGCAAUUCAAAUGUUGGCCUGACUUCGCUUCCAUCAACAAUACCAUCGGAUAUUAUUGCUGGCAACCAUUCAACCAACAAUGGUACUAAUGUCAUUAUUAAUAACAACAAUCAUGUUAAUCAUGGCCACCAUCUUCAUCAAGUUAAUCAACCUCGUAAUGAACUGAAUAACAAUAUUUCCAACAUUAACGUUAUCAAUAAUCAUGAAAUUAUGGAGCAACAGAUUGUCAGUUAUGAUGAGGCAACACACAAUUUGGUUGAUAAUGAUAUUAAAUUGGAGGAAAAUGUCACCAAGUAUCAUUUGUCCAAUGAUAAAGAAGCCAUGAUUUGUUCAACAGACAAAUCAUUCUCGAUUGAAGCUAAAAAAUCACUUUCUAACCAAUGUAAUAGCCCCAUGUUGGUUUCAAGUCUAUCUGAUUCGGAUGGUGUAAUUGUUUCAAAUGAAUCGUUAAAUUCAAUUGACAACAACAUGAACAUGGUUAAUGAUGUCAAUAAUAUGGUUUCCUCGAUGGAUUAUUGUAACAUGCAGACACAAGUACCUUCAGUCCCAGCUAGCCCAAACACUCGGCGUCAAGCAUUUAAUUUUCAGCCCAUUUCCUUGCGAAUCACACCAACUAUUCCUGAAAACAGUGCAAUCGGCAGCUAUGUUAAUGGUAAUGGCACCAAUGUGGCCAACUCUUGCUCUUCUUCAUCUUCACCCUCCUCUUCAACGGUAACAACAAGCGAAACAACAGGAAACUCUACAGGCAUUGGUAACAAUGGUCAACAUCAGCAACAUUCACCGCCCGCUUUCUCUUCAAACCAACGCUCAAUUGGUGUUGGUCUCUCUCAACCUCCAAGUUCGGCUAAUUCACCUUUUGUUUCUCCACGCGGUACACCUAUUCCAUUGUCCCGUUCACGUCAUGAUAGUGGUCAAAGUGGUUACUCUGGAUUACGGGCAACACCUUAUCCUGUUAUUGAUUCCGGUCUUUCAUCAAUCUCUUCUUCUCCCUUUAUUUCACCUCAAUCAACCCCGGUGCCUUUAAGUGGACGUAUGAGAACUAUUGGCAAUUGUUACUCACACCUACACUCUAUCCAUGCCAGGUCAAAUUUGGUUAACCGUGCAAGACACAGUUCUGGUCCUGGAAAUCCUUACACCACUUUACCUUCCUCUCUUGGAGGAACCUUUUCAAUGCGUAGCUCUUCAGUUUCACCCAUGGUUGUCUCUUACAAUGCCAAUGAUUUACUAUUUUCAUCAAAUGGUAAUAAUGGUCAGGGGGCAACAUUGGCCAGUAUCAAUGCAGCCUUUGGUGAAACUAAACACCGAACUCGAAACCAAUCAAGUACCACAACUGGUACCACAACAACAUCUGGUGUCUCCAGCAUAGGAACCCCUGUAUCACCCAAAUCGGAGCCUCUCUCACCAUCAGGUAUCCUCAUUUCCGGUGACAUGUCAACAUCAGAUUUAACAUCAAUUGAUAUUGCUUCUUCCUCCAAUGGUGACUCUUGUUUUAUGGAUUCAUGUUUUACUUCGAGAGAUUGGUUAACCAGCAAUUCGAGAUUCCUUUUAUCUGGUUAUCAUGGAAACCAUGAUGCAAACUGUGGCUCUAAUGGUUUAAUAAAUGGACCCAAUGUUGGCCCAGUUAUGAGGCAACGUCAUUUCUCAAGUCCCUAUGCUACCAUAGCCAAUAAUGGUAGCAACAAUUUUUCCUUCAAUGAUUCUCAUUCCAAAGAAGUUCAAAAUCUAUUAAAAGGCAGCUCUUUCAUUGAAUCGUUGCUUUCAACAAAUGCCAACAACAACAACAACAACCACAAUUUAACCGAUUCAGGUGAAAAUAGCGAUACUUCAUCUGUAACUGGUAAUUCAAUCAGUAACCAUCAUUCACCUAACCACGGAAACAGGCCUGUUUUGAACAGAUGUCAUUCAGUUCCAAUUCAGCAUUUAGGUAAACUUUACAAUGGCUCAUCUCCAUUGGAACACAACAGUUUCACUCCGUCAUCAUCUUUAUGCUCACCAGCUGAUCUUAAUUCUCCUGAACGUGAUUUCUCGACUCUAUCUAAAUCUUACCCUCCAACACCACUUUGUAAUCCAAAUUUUUCCUUUCCUCCAACUUCACCGUCCAACACUUUAAACAGCAACAAUAGUAAUAUCAGCAACAGCAAUCAUCCUUCAACCAAUAACUCUGGAAGCAAUUCAUCUCCUUCCUCUGGUUCAGCCAGAUUGAAACUGGUUGAAGAGGAAACCUCAUUGGGCUCACUUGCUGUUGAACCUUCUUCAACCAGUUCACCUUCAAGCAAUCCAAGUAGCAAUUUUCUUGAAAGUGGCCAAGAUGUUAUGGUUUCUGGUUUACAAUCAAAAGACUGGUCAGUCGGAGAGACGGUCAUUGGAGCAGAUGAUAUUGAGUUAACUGUUAACCAUCCUGGUCAUUAUCAUCAAGAGCAACAUGAUCAUCAUCCAAAUGGUCUUCUCAAUACAUUCGAGGUUCGACACACUAUUGAUGAUACAAUUUCUGGUCCAAUCCCGAUGAGUGAUGAUUUAGAAACUACCUUGGAAGAUUUGCGUGACUGUGAUAACGAUUUCUCUAAAUUUGCUCUUCAGUUGGAAUUAUUUGAAGCUAAUGGAACCACAAAAUAUGACGACAUGUAAACAAUUUCGCCUCCAUUUUAUGGGUUACCAGAAAUUAGGAUUUCCCGAUGAUAACGAUGAUCGAUUGUAGAUUGAAAAGACGAAAGAGUUGAACAAAUGAUAGUCCGAAACUGCUAAACAUUUAUUAAUGAAAAAAAAAACACUUUAAUAUUAAUGAAUUACAAACGUGAUACAAAACAAGAGGCAUGAAAACACAGAUGAAAAACUGAUAACUUCAACAUCUCGACCACUCUUUCAAUCAACUGAUUACAAUCCCAUUAUUAUUAAUGAUAUAAUUAUUAAUAUGAUUUCUAUUAAUGUCAUUCUAAUUAUAAAUUUAAAUUCAAAUGAUAACUCUUUCAAUUUUCAAAUUAAUGACGCAAAAAAGCUACCAUUACAAAGACGCAACAUUUUCUUGAUUUUCAAACUAGUUAACAAAAAGCGAUUGUACAAAGCAUAUUUUUUCUGGUUCACCUAAACUCAAACACAACAAAACGAUGGAAACCAACAAAGCAAACAAAAAAUCACAAUCAAACUCAAGACCAGUUUAAUUUAUUAAUAGAUAUGAUAAUAAUGCCAACCAUAAUUGAAAUUGCUCGUUGAGAGAAACGAUGAAGACGAAAAAGUAACAAGCAGAGAAAAUGAAAAACAAGUUGAAUCAAAGGUGGAUUUUCAAGCAACAUUAUCAUCCCAAUCAUUAUCAUCAACAAAAACAACAAAAGCAACAAAAGAGCAAAGAAAAGCAGAAUUUACCAGAAAAAACAAAGAUUCUAAGAGGAUGAGAAAACUGAAGAAAUAAUAUUAUUCAAGAAAAAAGAUGAAUCUACUUGUCAAUCAAUUGAAUGAAUAUUGUGGAAAAUGAAUCGACUAUUGAUAAGCUUCAAAAUUCUCGUAACUUCACCCACUUGACUCUCAAGCCAAAGCAAAAAGAAACACAAAAUUUGAGAGCAAAAAUUACCUCUCAUUGUCAUCUCAUCUCUCAUCUUCUCUUUCUAUUUCUCUACCUUCUUUCUCCCUCUCUCCUCUUCCUUAGUUAUAUUAUUUUUCAAUUUUAGGAUGUUUUAAAGGAUAUAAUUCAACUAAUUGCAAAACAAAAUUAGUUGAAUUAAGAUGAAAUAAUUGUGAUAUUGCCAACGAAAGGCCUUCUCAAUAGGAAACAAGGAAAGGAUUUGUGAGAUUUGAUUGCGAUUAACCACCAAAACAACAAAACAAGUUACAAAACAACCUCAUACAAAAAACAAACACUCAUCCAAACUCACUUAAUUGUCAUCAUUUAUCCUCCAUUUUUACAAAAUAAUUUUCAUGUUCUCCUGUCUUAAAUCUCUUAAUGUUUUCACCCAAUCAUCAUGAUCGCCACCACCACCACCACCAAUCAUCAUCAUCAUCAUUUAAUCCUUAUCUCUUUACACUUCCUAAAACUUUAUUCAAAUUAGGCUUAACAAAAUUUUCAAAUUCAACUAAUGUGUUAACAAAAAAAUAAACAAAUUGUGAAAAUCAAUAAGUCAAACAUAGAUUAACUUAUGGAAUGACAAGCAAAGGAUUUGUGCAUUGGCUGUUUAAGAUUUACCUACAAACUUGAUCUCAAGUAAAAAGUGGAAAAUUCAAUCUUCUUUUUGGCUUUACAACUAGGAUUUUCAAAUCAUCAUCCAUCAACCUCAUCAUCAUCAUCAUCAUUACCAGUUCAGAGGAAGAGCGAGAGAGCGAGAGAGAAACGAUAACAAUAUUUCAACUGCAAAACCUCGAUUAUUUCAUAAUUUAUUAUCAUUUUUUUACUGAGUUGACCAUGUUCAUAAUUACCUUUCAUUGUGCUGCCCAUCACUAAAUGAAAUGAACAUUUUCUUUUGUAUCAAUCUAUUAGUCUACUAUUGGAUGAUUAAUUAAUCAACUAAUUACUAGUUAAGUUUUCUUGAAACUUGAUUUCUCUAUCCUUCUCUAGUUGAUUACUUUCAUAAUUAGUCUCUGUUGUCACAGCCGAAAGCACAAUUAUUUUCAUAAAUGAUUAACAUUAUUACCAAGGUUAAUCUAUCUACCAAUUAACGCAAAAUUUAAAUUGAAAUCAAUUGUAAAAUAAUCGAGGUUUUGCAUCAUCAACAAUUAUAAAUAUAUAAAUACGUAAAUAAUGAUACAACAAAAAAAAGAUAUUGUUUUAGCACAAAACCAACAACAAAACGACAGCAAAAAUCAACAUUUUGAAAAUUAAUUUGAACACAAAAAAAGACAAAAGCAAAAACAAAUCUACAGCAAAAAAAUUAACAUAAUUAUGAUUAUUUCAAAUUACAAAGUAGUUUUUAUUUUAUUAGCAUGGGCUUUCAACUUGUAAUUAACCCCUUCUUGAUCCCAUGCAAAUUCAUAUCCAUUUUUUCAUGCCUUUUCAAACCUUUUCAUUUCUUGAAAUCCUUUUUUCUUCUUCUUCUUCUUCCUUAUUUCCUAGCUAAAAUCUUUGUUCACUUGUCUGUGAUGUCAACCUCAAAACAUCUUUCCUUCAUCUUUUAUCGCCAUCUUUACAACAAUUUAAGUGCUUAUCGAAACUUAUUUAAAUUCAAUUGUCAACUUUCCUUUCUAAUCAUUUCAAACACUUUGUCAUUAAACUCAUCUUUAGCUCUGUCAAGUCAAACCCUUUUCUCACUCAACUGAAAAUCCCUCUUUUCUCAUUCCUUGUUUUGUUUAUUAUUAUUUUCCUUCAAUGUUUCUUUAUAAGCCUUUUUUGUUUACUUUUCAUGAAAAAAACACUCAUUUCGCCAUCAAUUUUCAUGCAAAUUGAAUUUUGUAAUGAGAUGAUUACCGAUGUAUCAACCAACACCAGCAAUAAGUUUGUAAUCAUUCAUUGGACAUGGAUUUAAUGGAUUACUCAGCAACAGUUAACAUCUUUCAUCAAAGCUUCAAUUGAAACCUUUUCCUCACUUGCUGUGUCAAUUUAACCAUUGAGAUUAUUGUUACCAUUACAAUCAUCAUAAUCAUCGACAUCUUCAACAACAUCUUCACCAUUCAUGUUGACCUCACUUUUAUCUCAUCAUUGGCUGUUUACUUUCACCUGAAGACAACUGCUUUUCAAUUGAAAAAGCUUAUCAUCUUUGUUAACCAUGCAAGUUGUGGAUUUUAGAACAAUUUUGUGUCAAAUUUUCAAUUGAAUUUUCAUGAGAAUGAUAAUUGAACAAGAAAAGGGAGAAAACAACAAAACGCACAUCAUUAGAACCACUUUCGCACCUUCACUUGAUCAUCAUAUUUCUGGUUCUGGAUACUUUCCUCAUUACAACCAUCUUCAAAAUUACCAUUUUUCAACCCUUUUUCUCUUCUCAUUUAACAUCACAAUUAACCACUAGAUGAACAUCUAACUUGCUCAGAUGAAUGGACAACAGCAAAUUCGUAAGAGAGAAAAAUGGAAAAGUAAAGAAUAUCUUCAAGUUGAACGAAAAAAAGGUACAAAAAGAAACGUAAAUAAGCGAAAUGUUUGACGAGAAAAAGUAAGAUUCAGCAGCGAAGUUGAAUGAGUUCAUUAAAGUGAUCACCAUUUGGAAAUGGCCAAGUUCAUGGUUCUAGUUAAAGAAUGAAAAUAACCUCAGAACCAUUGGAAGAAAAUACAAGAAAUCUCAUUAGUUGAGACCAGUUUUGGAAAAAAACUCACAAAUUUUUGUUCUUUUCUUUCUUUUCUCUCCUGUGUUUCCCAACUUCACAAGCAAAAAUCUGUCACCCUUUAGGCUUCUUUAAUCAAUAUUAAUAUUAAAAUAAUUAUUAUUGUCAUCAAAAAA